GGCGGCCGGGCUGGGAGUCCUGGACACGGGCCCGUUCUCAUCCCCGAGCGCAGGUUCCCUCUGCGGUACCUCUCCCCGGCGCAGCCCGGCUGUCGGCCUCUCACCGCGCUCCCGGCGGCAGGGCCCUGCCGGUGAGCUCCCGUCUGGCCCGCGGUCACCGGCCGGGUCUGCCCCUGUCCCGCACUCUCCAGCCGGGGAAAGUCUCAAGCCGAGACUGAGGCGGGGUGUCGCCUGCCUGGCAGCCUGCGCAGAUUCGAAGGAAGACACACAUCGUUCCGGCCACCAGCCUGUCCCUGGUUCCGGCCCAUCCCCGUAGCUCUCGGGCCGCGCUCUCGUUCUUAAGCGGUCCGGUUUCUGCUCUAAAGAUCCACACAGAGUGGGGCGGGUGGGUGUCUGGUCUCCGCUUCUAGCAAAAAUCCGGACCGUCACCUGUUUGUAACGGCAGAUUGUUGUGUGAGAUUUCUCUGAAGCCGCCAAAAUGGUGUUAGCAGACCUUGGAAGAAAAAUAACCUCAGCAUUGCGCUCGCUGAGCAACGCUACAAUUAUCAAUGAAGAGGUUUUAAAUGCUAUGUUAAAAGAAGUAUGUACGGCACUACUGGAAGCUGAUGUUAACAUUAAAUUAGUGAAACAGCUGAGAGAAAAUGUCAAGUCUGCUAUUGAUCUUGAAGAGAUGGCAUCUGGUCUUAACAAAAGGAAAAUGAUUCAGCAUGCUGUCUUUAAAGAACUUGUCAAGCUUGUAGAUCCUGGAGUCAAAGCCUGGACACCAACUAAAGGAAAACAGAACAUUAUAAUGUUUGUUGGGCUGCAGGGAAGUGGUAAAACCACAACAUGUUCAAAGUUAGCCUACUAUUACCAGAGGAAAGGUUGGAAGACAUGUUUGAUAUGUGCAGACACAUACAGAGCAGGUGCUUUUGACCAGCUAAAACAGAAUGCAACAAAAGCAAGAAUUCCAUUUUAUGGGAGUUACACAGAAAUGGAUCCUGUGAUUAUUGCCUCAGAAGGUGUUGAGAAAUUUAAAAAUGAAAACUUUGAGAUAAUCAUUGUUGAUACAAGUGGGCGUCACAAACAGGAAGACUCUUUGUUUGAAGAAAUGUUACAAGUUGCCAAUGCUAUACAACCAGAUAACAUUGUUUACGUUAUGGAUGCCUCCAUUGGUCAAGCUUGUGAAGCUCAGGCGAAGGCUUUCAAAGAUAAAGUAGAUGUAGCCUCUGUUAUUGUGACAAAACUUGAUGGCCAUGCAAAAGGAGGUGGCGCUCUCAGUGCAGUUGCUGCCACAAAAAGUCCUAUCAUUUUUAUUGGUACUGGAGAGCACAUAGAUGACUUUGAACCAUUCAAAACACAGCCUUUCAUCAGCAAGCUCCUUGGUAUGGGUGAUAUUGAAGGAUUGAUAGAUAAAGUAAACGAAUUAAAGUUGGAUGAUAACGAGGCACUCAUAGAGAAGCUGAAACAUGGUCAGUUUACAUUGAGAGAUAUGUAUGAACAAUUCCAAAACAUCAUGAAAAUGGGACCCUUCAGUCAGAUCUUGGGUAUGAUCCCUGGUUUUGGAACAGAUUUUAUGAGUAAAGGCAAUGAACAGGAAUCAAUGGCAAGGCUAAAGAAAUUGAUGACUAUAAUGGACAGUAUGAAUGAUCAAGAACUAGAUAGUACAGAUGGUGCAAAGGUUUUCAGUAAACAACCAGGAAGAAUCCAAAGAGUAGCAAGAGGUUCGGGUGUUUCUACCAGAGAUGUACAGGAGCUUUUGACACAGUACACAAAGUUUGCACAGAUGGUGAAAAAGAUGGGAGGCAUCAAGGGUCUUUUCAAAGGAGGUGACAUGUCAAAGAAUGUAAAUCCAUCUCAAAUGGCAAAACUGAACCAACAGAUGGCAAAGAUGAUGGAUCCAAGAGUUCUUCAUCACAUGGGUGGGAUGGCAGGAUUGCAGUCAAUGAUGAGACAGUUUCAACAAGGUGCUGCUGGAAACAUGAAAGGCAUGAUGGGAUUCAAUAAUAUGUAAAGAAGCCUUAAUAAAAACUGACUUGGCUGAGGACUUUUGCUGUGACUUCUGUAAAAGGAUUUGAUUUCUUCCUUUUUACAGUGAGAGAGGAGUGUCGAUGGGGGGUGAAGGAAGUGACCUUUUGAAACUUCUAUUUGGGCUUCUCAAGAAGAUUCUAAAUUGAUUUCUGGAAAACAGUUAUAUUUUUGCUUAGUUCCUUCCCAUCAAAAGAUGUUCUUAAGUUUAAUAAAUAAAAAUCAUGAUGUAAAAUUUUAAUAUGUAGAGACACUUUUUAAUUGUUUGCAUUAAAUGGCAGCCAUUAUAUUUGUAAACAAGCCAGAUAUUUGGUUAAUAGUAACAUAAAAUGUCCCAAGAAAUACGUUGUAAAAUAAACUUAAAUGGUUGUAAAUGAA